GAGAGUAAGCUGUAUGGCCAAAGGUACCGCCCUCUUUUAGCAUAGGGCGGUGCAACUUUUGGCGUGCUCGGCGUUUGGUUGUGAUGUUCAGAGACUGGCACUGCGGAGAGGAAAACGUCGCCCUGGCGGCGGCCGGGUUUAUCCAAGCGGGUCGGUAGUCCAUUUCUUUUUCACUGGUGUGCAAUACCCACCUUUUCCUGUAACUACACAUAAGAUGGCAGAUCAUGUCCCAAUGGCGCACGAGGCAGUUCUGAAAAGUAGCUGCCCUCUCCCUGAGGAGACCCCACAAAUCAAAGGGUAUGAUUUCAAUCAAGGGGUGGAUUACAGAGCGCUGCUACAGACGUACCUCAAUACGGGUUUCCAGGCAACAAACUUUGGACGGGCUGUGCAAGAAAUCAACAAUAUGAUAGAGAAGAGGCUGGAACCUAUUAAAGAUUCAGAGGAGAAGGCAUUGAAAAAUGAAUUUUGCCAACGGCCGGUCUCGGGCUGCACAAUUUUCCUUGGCUACACCUCUAACCUCAUUAGUUCUGGAAUACGAGAAUCUAUCCGCUAUUUGGUGGAACAUAACAUGGUAGAUGUUUUGGUGACAACCGCAGGAGGGAUUGAAGAAGAUCUCAUCAAAUGCCUGGCACCUACUUACUUGGGGGAUUUUUCCCUGCCAGGGCGAGAGCUACGCUCCAGAGGGAUUAACAGGAUUGGCAACUUGUUGGUUCCCAAUGAUAAUUACUGCUUGUUUGAAGACUGGAUGAUGCCAAUUCUUGACCAGAUGGUACUGGAGCAGAAGACAGAGGGGACUCAUUGGACUCCAUCAAAGAUGAUUCAUCGUCUGGGAAAAGAGAUCAACAAUCCCCAGUCUGUUUACUACUGGGCCUACAAGAACAACAUUCCUGUGUUCAGCCCUGCCAUCACGGAUGGCUCCUUGGGAGAUAUGAUGUAUUUCCACUCCUACAAAAACCCAGGACUAGUCCUUGACAUUGUAGAAGAUAUCCGGCGCAUGAAUAAUCACGCAGUGUUUGCUAAGCGUACAGGGAUGAUCAUUCUCGGCGGAGGACUGGUUAAGCACCACAUCUGUAAUGCCAACCUGAUGAGAAAUGGUGCUAACUUUUCAGUGUUUGUGAACACUGGCCAGGAAUUUGAUGGUUCAGAUGCUGGUGCAAGACCAGAUGAGGCAAUCUCCUGGGGCAAGAUUCAGAUGGACUCCAAGCCAGUAAAGGUCUUUGCAGAUGCCUCGUUGGUGUUCCCUCUGAUGGUAGCGGAGACAUUUGCACGACAUGCGGGUGUCCUUAUUGGAGAGAAGAAAGAAGAUUAAUGUCUGUUUUUGUAAGCUCCGGUGGAGUGCACUUCAUUUGGAGGUGGCCUGCUUUGCACCAUCACGUCUUGUACAUCUUGACCUCCGACACCUCCUGGUUAUUACAGACUACUGUUUUUUUUUUUUGUUUGUUUUUUUUUUAGUUCACUCCUGACUCAGGUUGAUUUCCAAUUUUUAGGUAUUUUGUUUCCUUGUGUUGAAGAAAAAUCCUGGGUACUUACAUUUUACUGCAGCUAAGCCCCUCAAGUCAAUGUCUUUCAGUUCCUGCACCAGACUGGCCCUCCGCCUGGAUUGCCGACCACAUUUUGUGCGUAUGUUUGACAGCCUAGUAAAAUUGGUGGGCUUGGGGAUUAGCACUUUCACUGUCUGUCCACUAGGUGGCUCUUUCAGUGACGUCAGCUUGUUCCUUUAAAGCAAUCCAUUUAAAGCAACAGCAGAGUCGGUGACACUCUUGUGCGUUCAUUUUAAAGACCAUCAGUGCAUGAGCGUCCACUGCAUUUUAAAGAAGUGACUUUGUGUAAUGUGGAAUCGGGUCGUGGACUUUGGCUACAGAUAUGGCAGGACUUGAACUUCUUCUAAUUUAUGCACUUGCACAGAGACUUGCUUUAGGUCUGCGGUGGUCCUGCAUGAGGAAUUAGGACGUCUUGAGGUGUUAGGACUGCUACGAGUGUUUGAGAACCCAAUGCUGUUUUUAAAGGAAACAGCUUGCAAUACCUCAUAAUAUAUGCUUACUGGCGCAAAAAUAUAAUGCCCGACAAAACACCUUUAAAAGCAAAAAUAAAUAAAUAAAUGUACAGCCUA